AGUUUGCAAAAGCCAGAGGUGUAAGAAGAAGAAGAAGCAAUAGCAGCAGCAGCAGCAGCCAGUCAGCCAGCCAGCCAGCCAGCCAGCCACACACACACACACAAAAAUUCUUCCUCAAAUCCUCACCUAAGCUUUCAGUAUAUCCAGAUCCACAUCUUAACUCAAGCCGGGAGAGGGAAAGAGGAAAGGGGGGGAGGAAAAAAAAAAGCCAACAACUUAGCGGAAACUUCUCAGAGAAUGCUCCAAAACUCAGCAGUGAUUCUGGUGCUGGUCAUCAGUGCUGCUGCCACGCACGAGGCGGAACAGAAUGACUCUGUGAGCCCCAGAAAAUCCCGGGUGGCGGCUCAAAAUUCAGCUGAAGUGGUUCGCUGCCUCAACAGCGCCCUGCAGGUUGGAUGUGGGGCUUUUGCAUGCCUGGAAAACUCCACAUGUGACACAGAUGGGAUGUACGACAUUUGUAAAUCCUUCUUGUACAGUGCUGCUAAAUUUGACACUCAGGGAAAAGCAUUUGUCAAAGAGAGCUUAAAAUGCAUCGCCAAUGGGAUCACCUCCAAGGUUUUCCUUGCCAUUCGGAGGUGUUCCACCUUCCAGAGGAUGAUCUCAGAGGUGCAGGAGGAGUGUUACAGCAAGCUGAAUGUCUGCAGCAUUGCCAAGCGCAACCCGGAAGCCAUCACUGAAGUCAUACAGCUGCCCAAUCACUUCUCCAACAGAUACUACAACAGACUUGUCCGAAGCCUUCUGGAAUGUGAUGAAGACACAGUCCGCACAAUCAGAGACAGCCUAAUGGAGAAAAUUGGGCCCAACAUGGCCAGCCUCUUCCACAUCCUGCAGACAGACCACUGUGCCCAGACACACCCCAGAGCUGACUUCAACAGGAGGCGCACAAAUGAGCCACAGAAGCUGAAAGUCCUCCUCAGGAACCUCCGAGGUGAGGGGGACUCUCCCUCCCACAUCAAACGUACCUCCCAUGAGAGUGCGUAACCAGGGAGAGGUAUUCACAGCCUCAACAAACUAAUAGCAUUUUAGGGGUGUUGGCACACCAACUUUGAGUGUACUGUGCCUGGUUUGAUUUUUUUUUUUAAGUAAGCCCUAUUUUCUAUCCCCCCUUAAAGAAAAUUGCAUGAAACUAGGCUUCCGUAAUCAAUAUCCCAACAUUCUGCAAUGAAAGCAUUCUUACCAACAGAA